CCGUGGAAAAACCUCGCAUGUGUAAUUUUUACGAAAUUGGUAUUUUGAUACCAACGUAAAAGUAAUGAAUGUCUCUGUAAUGUGGCAAAACCCUAUAUGUGCUGUUUUAGCUUAACCUGUGUUAUUCUGAAAAAAUAAAAUCUCCUAUGUACACAUCACAAAAAAUCAUUUGUGCAAAAUCUCUUAUGUACACAGAAGCAUCCAGUGCUGACACAUAGAAGACUUCUCCACCUCUAUUAUUAUAGCUGUUGUUGUAAAACCUCUUAUGUGUUAGACUCUCUAACACAUAAGUGAUUUUGACCAUUCACCACGUGUCUAGUUUGUGCACAUUAGAGGUUAGAAUCCGAAAGGUACUGUGCUUCAGCAUUUAAACGGAAUUACUUUUUUGAGCUUAUUGCUGCUAUUAGUUACAACGAAACCGUUCAACUGAGAUAAUCAUAAUGUCGAGUCGAAGUAGGCGAAUUCUUCAAGCGGCACUGGAAAAUAUCGAAAAUGAUAAAAAUGUAUGCAACGAAAGCUCACAUUGUGUUUACGGAGAAGCAGAUCAAAAGGAUUUAGGCAUGGAUAGUCAAUGGGAGGAGUGCAUUGUCAGUCAUAUUGAUGGCACUGUUAUACCAAUUUCGACUACUGAUGAAGCAUUUAUAAUAGAAGAGGAAGUGGAAGAUUCUAACGUAGAGCAUACUUCAGCGAAUCCAGUGAUGGAGGUGAAUACUGUGCAAAAUCAAACUACGGAUGUAAAAACACAAAACGAUGGAAGAGAUUUGGAUGAAGUGCGCACAUCAAUCGAACAAAAUGGGGGAACCCUUGGAGAGGGAGGUAAUAGUUCAUGCUCAAGUUCGUGGUCAGAUAGUCCAGUUUCACGUAUAAGUAAGAAACGUCUUAAAGCCAAAAAAAGCAGAGUUGCCGGGUUAUCUUAUGUUGGCUACAAAAAAUCCGAUGAUGGUAAAAUAAAACAAAAUUGUAUGAAGACAUCGAGAUCAGUAAAGGAGCGUUGUAGUCACACUUUAUGCGGUAAGAAAAGUGAAAGAAGUUUUCUUUGUAACAUGGUAUCUGAAAACGAUAGGCAACGAAUUUUCAAGAAAUUUUGGAAUUUUAGUAGCUGGCCUGAAAAGAAAGCAUUCGUUAAAGGAUUGACUAGCACCAGAGAUGUUAGAAGAAGGAGAAAAGACGCAAACAAUAACUCAAAAAAGAAAGAAGGACACGAUAUAUUCUUGCCGAAAUGUAAUGGAGAAAGAGUAAGGGUUUGCAGACGUUUCUUUAUUAAUACACUUGAUCUAGGGGAAGAUACAUUUAGGAGAUGGGUUAGACGAAGCGACACUUUUGCAGAAAAUGAAACCGAACGGGACGACAUACCGAAACGGAAGAAGAGAACAAUAGCAGAAGGAGUUAAGAAGAAAAUUCACAAUGAAAUGAAAAACAAUAUUUUAAAAUGGUUAGCGCUGCUCCCUAAGGUUCCUAGCCAGUAUUGCCGAAGUACAAGCAGUUGUACUUACGUAGAAUCGACAUUUAGAUCUCUGUCACACAUGUAUAGUGUAUAUGAAGACUGGUGCAAAAGUAAUGAUACAAAGGCAGCCUCAAGAACAUUCUUUUUAGAUGUCCUUAAGCAGGAAAAAAUUAAGAUACAUUCACCUCGUAAGGACCAAUGCGACAUAUGUUGUGGGUACAAGGUAAAAUCGGUUUCCUACGAUGAAUAUCAAAAGCAUAUCAUUAUGAAAAACGAAGCUCGAGAUGCAAAGAAUAAAGCAAAGGCUGAGGCUAAUGACACACAUCUCGUCCUGACUAUGGAUCUACAAAGUGUUUUAUUAUGCCCUAAAACUGAUGCCUCUAGGAUGUAUUACAAACAGAAGCUACAACUACACAAUUUUACUAUUUUUGUGCUAAAUAACAAAGAAGUAUCUCUUUAUGUCUGGCAUGAGUCAAAUGGCGGAGUAUCCUCGAACGAGUUUGCCACAUGUGUGAUAGAUUUUCUGUCAUCUUGUGAACACAAGUACCAAACAGUUACGUUAAUAUCUGAUGGCUGCACAUACCAAAAUCGAAAUAAGGUUCUAGGUAGUGCUCUGCGUGAUUAUGCAGUGCAGUCAGGAAUUCUUAUCAGACAACUCUUUUUAGAGAAGGGCCACACCAUGAUGAAGUGUGACAGCGUACACGCUUCGCUUGAGAAGUACUUCGUCCCACCAAUAAAUUCACCUAGCGAUUAUAUUGCUCAAAUGAGAAGCGCUAGACCCAAACAACCAUAUAAAAUCAACGUACUGGAUUACAAAUUUUUUCUCAAUUUCGAAAAAUUGCCAACAAAUCUCCGAUCUUUGCGACCUGGGAAGAAAGUGGGCGAUCCACACGUUGUGGACAUCCGAGCACUGGAAUAUCUCCCGACUGGCGAUAUAUUUUACAAAAUACGGCACAGUGAGGAAUUUGAAGAGUUACCCCAACGAGUUUUCACACGAUAUGUUCAAAAACCACCUCCAUUGUAUUCCUGUGAAAUUCCCAUAGCUGAAACGAAAUGGAAAUGCCUUCAAGAACUAAAAGGUGUGAUAGAAGAAGAGCAUCAUCAUUUUUAUGACAAGUUGACCUUCAAAAAAGACAAAAACACUGUAAAAAAGUGCAAUUCCAACUCGUAGUGCCUUAUCGCUAAUUUAUAUUGUAACGUCUAAUAAUUAAGCAAUAUCUCCUAUGUGACGUUAUUAAAUAUAGUAAAUGCUCCUAUGUGGACACGUUUUAUUUAAGAAUAAAAUUUUAUUUUAUAAUUUUGUUAAUAUUCCUUGCCCAAUUAAUACAAGCAUGAAAUGUUCAAUACAGAGUAUUCUUAUGUCCUAUGCAUCUUGUUUUACUACACCUUUUCAGCAUGAACAUGUUUUUCGUAU